UGUAUUGUGGGUUAUCUAAGUCGCGAUUAUGCAAUCGAUAGUUAUCGGACUCUGCUCUAGUAGUGACGAUGACACGACAACACAACGAUCGAGAGAGUGGUCAAAGAAACAAUGUGAUAUGUAUGGAGUGAUAGUUUUUGUGAUAUGUGUACGUACAAACUAAUUUAGGCAGGUCGCAAUUCCCCAUGACCCACCCCCAUGGACUUCAUGAUAGCAGGCGCCGCCGCCAUGGCGGCCUGUUUUUUCACGAACCCCCUCGAAGUCCUGAAGACCCGUUUACAACUCCAGGGGGAACUUCGCGCCAAGAAUCAACACACGAUCCACUACAGGAACGUCCUCCACGCCGGGUACGUGGUGGCCAAAAAUGACGGGGUCCUGGCUCUCCAGAAAGGUUUGGUCCCCGCCUUGUGGGUUCAACUUAUAAUGAACGGAAUGAGACUAGGAACAUUCCAGUUUGGUGAAAAUCAGGGGUACAUAACCGACAAAAACGGAAACUUGGUUUUUUAUAAAAGCGUCUUGGUGGGGGGAGCUGGAGGAGUGAUCGGACAGUACUUCGCUAGCCCGUUUUUUCUGGUAAAGACGCACCUGCAAGCUCAAGCGGUCCAAGCUAUAGCGGUGGGGUAUCAACACAAUCACGUGGGGACGUGGAGUGCACUUAAAAAUAUUUUUGUUAAAAGCGGAAUUAAGGGUCUGUUUCGUGGUGCUGGGGGCUCAGUUCCAAGGGCUUUCGUCGGUUCUGUCUCCCAAUUGACGUCGUUCAAAUAUAGCAAGGAGUUUCUAAACCAGUAUGAGUUUUUUUCUGGGAAGCCACUACUGACGUCAUUGUGCGGUAGCAUGGUGGGGGGUGUGGCCAUCAGUGUCAUGAUGACACCUUUCGAUUUAAUAAUGACCCGACUUUACAAUCAACCUGUGGACGCCAACGGUAAAGGCAUUCUCUACGGCAACUACUUGGACUGUGUGGUCAAAAUUUUUAAGUCCGAAGGUCUCUCGGCGUUCUAUAAAGGGGUAGGCCCGAUGUACUUAAGACUGGGUCCUCACACUGUCCUCUGUCUGGUGUUUUGGGAUGAAUUAAAACUGCUAUACGACAAAAUUUUGCCAAAGUAAUAUUGUAAACACAAUAAAUUUAUUUUUGUAAGAAUUCGUAAA